UCAGGAUUAACGCGACGAACAAUGACUCCAAUUCCAUUCAUUUUCUUUUGGUAUAACGAAAGUUGACAGUGGUGGACUCAUUACUCCAAACAAGGACUCCAAUCAGCGGAGAAGACUCUCCUUUCCCAUUGUUCUUCAUCUUUCCAUUGCAAGGUUGUGCCUAAUCAGACACAAGUAGAGGCCUACAUUUUGAUCCAUUUAUCGCAAAGCAAUGGUUCUUGGGAUGAAAUCCAAGCACAAAAAGGGUGUAGCUGUUCGAGUCGAAUAUACGGUUACCAUAGAGGAGAUUAAGCCUUGGCCUCCAUUAGAAAGCUUUAGGUCUCUUCAAAUUGUAUUGAUUAAAUGGGAAAAUGGUAGUGAGAGCUCCGGAUCCUUUCAUGCUGUUACUGGUGAAUCCAGCAUUACAUUUAGUGAGUCUUUCGAGUUUUCCACAACACUGUAUUGGAAGAAGGCCAAAAAAAAGUUUGGUAAAAACUAUUUGGAAUUCAGCUUGUUUGAGCCUCGUAAGGACAAAGUUAGAGGUCAUCUCUUGGCUACAGCUUCACUAAACCUGGCAGAUUAUGGAAUGAUUGACGAUGAAUUAAAAGUAAAUGUUCCGUUAACUUUCAAGAAAAUCCCUAAUGGCUCAGUGCAUCCGGCUCUGGCAAUUAAGUUGGAAAUGACUGAAAAAGAUGCACCUCACUCUUCGCCUAGUGUUGGUUUUUCGAACGAAGCAUCUCUGGAUGGCGGUGAUGAUGAUGACUCAGAAAUCGCGUCUUAUACAGAUGAUGAUGUCUCUUCACGUUCAUCAAGAACUGCUGGCUCGUCAGCCUUUGAGGUUGCAAUGCCGUCACCAUCUCGAAGUGAGAAGAGUGGACACGGAAAUCAUUCAUCAGCUGGUGCAUCAUCAGAUACAUGGAAGUCAGUGAAGCGUUAUGUUUCUUCAUCUAAACUUGCUGAACGAAGCAUGUCACUUGUCAAGAAGAGCUCUAGCCCCCCCUUAAACAUAUCUUCUCCCUCAUGCACAAAUUUUCAUGAUAGCAGUGGGGAGUUAUAUGAUGCCUCUAAAAGCACUCCAUUUGUGCAAGUACAAUCCUUUGAUAGACUUGCACAUGACGCUAUGUCAGCCAAUCAUUAUGGAGAAUAUGGUGCUAAGUCCAACUCUUUGUACUCCCUUUCUGCUCGAGAAAAGGAGUGGCAGUCCGAUGCUUUGCCAAAUAACAAUGCACACGCUGGAUGGGUGAAGGUUCAGGAAAAAAUGGCAAGGAGAAAUAUUGAAUUGGACGAACAGAGUAUAGAAGAAAGAUUGUUGCAGAAAUUGUCGGAAGAAGAAGCCACUAGAAGGCAGAUUGAAACGCGAAGUGAUAUCCUUGCUCCUAGAAGGAAAGGACCAGCAAUCCCACCAUCGCGGCUGAAGCAUGAGAAGUCUGUUAAGAAACAUGAUUCAGUCAAAGUAAAUGGUGAUCUAGCCGACGCUUAUGUUGGGGGGAAUCCGCCGGACUUGAAUGUACCAAAUGGACUAAACAAGGUAGGUAAAAUCAGUGCACCAGUUGAAAGAGAAGAAGCAGAAGCUUAUCAUUCUCUUAGAGAAAAUGAAUGGAAAAUGAGGGUCGAGAUGCUUGAGGAAGAAUUGAGAGAGGCAGCAGCAACUGAGGUGAGUUUAUUUUCCAUAGUUGCUGAGCAUUCCAGUUCUGUAAAUAAGGUCCAUGCUCCUGCUCGGCGACUAUCCAGAUUUUAUAAGAAUGCUUGCAGAACAAGAUCACAAGCUAAACGAGCUAGUGCAGCAAGAACUGCCGUAUCUGGUCUAGUUCUGGUUUCUAAAGCAUGUGGAAACGAUGUACCAAGGCUAACCUUCUGGUUAUCCAAUUCAAUAAUGUUGAGGUCCAUUGUCAGCCAGAUUGCUGCAGAACUGCCAAAUGAACCAAGUAUAAAUAGUAAUGAUGGAAGGCUUUCAGACACAGCCCGCCUUAAGGGUAAGGGGCAUCGGUCUCAGUCAAUUGAUGAAUCCGAUGACUUGGAAGACGUCUUGACAUUCCUUAUUGCGCUCGAAAGAGUUGAAUCGUGGCUGUUUUCUCGAAUUGUUGAGUCCAUAUGGUGGCAGACUUUUAUACCACAUAUGCAGCCCACUGUUUCCAAAGAUAGUAACAGAGAAAGAAGCUCAGGUAAAAAGAAAGCUAGCUCAAGAAGAAAUUAUCUGGGUGGUAAUGAGCAGGCAAGUUUUUCAAUAGAGUUGUGGAGGAAAGCAUUCAAAGAUGCCCAUGAAAGACUUUGUCCGAUUCAGGCCCGUGGGCAGACAUGUGGCUGCUUGUCUGCACUGGUUAUACUGGUGAUGCAGCAGUUAGUUAAUAGGCUCGAUGUGGCAAUGUUCAAUGCUAUUCUGCGUGAAUCUGCCAAAGAUAUGCCGACUGAUCCUGUUUCUGAUCCCAUCAGUGACACUAAAGUCCUCCCAGUGAAGCCUGGCAAAGCAAGCUUUGGCACUGGAGCACAAUUGAAAAAUAUUAUUGGAAACUGGUCAAGAUGGCUCACAGAUCUCUUUGGAUUAGAAGAUGACUCAACAGAUGACGAAGGUGUUACUCUAGGGGACAUCAGCAAACCAAAACCUUACAAGGCAUUUUGUAUCCUCCGUUCGCUAAGCGAUCUCAUGAUGCUUCCCUAUGAAAUGCUUGCCGAUGUUUCCACAAGAAAAGAGGUCUGCCCAAUGUUCGGCCCAGCAAUAAUCAAGAGGGUUCUAAAAAACUUUGUCCCUGACGAAUUCAGCCCCAAUCCCAUCCCACCCUACAUAAUUCACAUCCUCAGUGCAGAGGUAAGGCCAGAUUCUCCAGAGGAUAUGGUCACAAGCUUUCCCUACGUCUCAGCUGCUACAAAGUAUUCACCGCCGCCAGCAGCUCUGCUGUCCUGUGUGGGAGAGGUAGGGAAGCAAGUGCUCAAGAGUAGCAGGCUUUCGACACUCAAGAAAUCCUACAGCAGUGACGAUGAGAUAGAUGAGCUCGACUCGCCCUUGACCACAAUCAUCCCCGAUAGCUACCAGAGCUCUGCUGCAUUAGCAAAGCUUAGCUUCAUGCCUAAGGAAAAGGGAGGUACCAAUGCUAUCCGAUAUCAACUGCUCCGUGAGAUAUGGAGAGAUGAUGAUUAGUUAUGUGUUUAGACAUAUGCACAGUGACUGGAAGA